AUGCCUUCUGCCAUCCCUCAACUGUACCAGUACUCCCAUGUCCCUGAGACAAAGGAGCAGCUUGACUGGGCUGACUUGACUGAUAUUGAUCUGUCCAAGUAUGGCACUCCUCAAGGCAACUCGGAGCUAUCCCAAGCCCUGAUCGAAGCUGUUCGAAAGAAGGGGUUCUUCUACGUCACGAACUUUGGCAUCUCACAGGCGGCAGUCGACAAACAAUUUGCCCUCGGCCAGGCAUUUUAUGAUCUCCCGUUGGAAGAGAAGUUGAAUUAUGUUCCCAACUUAGACGCGGGUGAAUACAAUGGGUACAGACCUGCUGGCAGACGACCUCUGGCGGGGGGUGUUCUCGAGAAAACCGAGGUUUGGAACAUGGCUACCAAUGAUGGACAUGUCACACAGCCUCUCCCGGCUCUCUUGAAGGAACAUCUGGAAGAGAUUGAAGCUUUUGCCAAGGAAUUGCAUGACAAGGUUCUUGAUCCCCUGAACCAUCUCAUUGCAAUUGCUCUUGAGCUGCCCGAAGAUUUCUUCGUCAACCUCCACAAGUGGGAAACCCAUGACGAGUCACAUCUACGCUACAUGAAGUACUCGAAGUUCUCACCCAAGGAGAUUGAGGCUCUCGAGGAUGGCUUAUGGUCCCGCGGACAUACAGACCUGGGUUCUCUGACGCUGUUGUUCAGACAGCCCGUUGCGGGACUGCAGAUCAGGGACCAGGAGUCUGAGACCUGGAAGUGGGCGAAACCUCUCGAUGGGAGUUUGACAGUCAAUGCGGGGGAUGCCUUGAGUUUCCUCACAGGCGGAUACGUCAAGUCCACCAUCCACCGGGUAUCUGUGCCUCCAAAAGACCAGCGUCACGUCGACCGCCUCGGUUUACUGUACUUUGCGCGUCCUCAGAACGACCUCGUCCUCGGAACAGUCGACUCCCCGGUUCUCAAGCGGGAGGGCUACACGCAAAACGAGUUCGAGGCCGGCGGGCAUCCAGCCCCGACGAUGGGGGAGUUCACCAGACUGAAGCAGACUUGGCAGCAGAAGAAGGGCGUUAGUUACGAGAAGCUGGAGGGUCAGGAGAUUGUGCCGGGCUUUACAGGGAAAUAUUUUGGCUAG